AUGGCAACUAAGGCUGCAUACAAAAGAUUAACUAAAGAAUAUAUAGCCAUCCAAAAUAAUCCAGCACCAUACUUAAUAGCCAAACCGUUAGAAAAUAACAUUUUGGAAUGGCAUUAUGUUAUUCGUGGACCACCAGAUACACCUUAUCACAAUGGAGAAUAUCAUGUUGACUACCCUUUUAAACCACCCUCGAUUCGCAUGAUAACACCUUCUGAUUUUCAUCCAAGUUCUUGGAAUCCUAGUUGGAGUGUUGCAACCAUUUUAAAUGGAUUGUUAAGCUUUAUGACUGGCGAUGAAGCCACAACAGGUAGUAUUAAAACGUCAGAUACUGAUAAAAGAAUAUUUGCUUCAAGGUCACAUCAAUUUAAUAUGAAGGAUCCAAAAUUCAGAGCAAUUAAAAAAAUUUUUGUUUAUUUAUUUGAUAAUCAUAGAAAUAUUUCCUGA